GAGAAAUUGGGCGAGUGACUUUUUUGCAUCAAACAUGUGUCACUUUGCUCACAUCUGAUUGGUCCAAUGUCGGUUUGAGAUCUCUAACCCAGAACAUAACCUGCCCUGGAGCAGGUUGGCUGUGGAGUAUCACUGAUCUACAGUGAGAUGCUGAAUCAUCCACCCUGACAGCACUUUACCACCCCUCCCCUCGACUACAUUCAUCUCUAACAAGCCUUUAGUUUGACAGGAUGCUGGAUUUGGUUUAGAGGCUGGGCAUUUAUUAAAAGGACACAGAAGAAAAUUCAUUGACACAGGGACACUUCUGCUGAAUACUCUAGCUUGUGAAAAUGGAGCCUUUGUCUGCAGCAAACACACAGUUCUCUCUAAACCUGUUCAAGAAGAUCAGUGAAGGAAACAAAUCAGGAAAUGUGUUCUACUCUCCGAUCAGCAUCUCCUCGGCUCUGGCCAUGGUGUCUCUCGGAGCAAAAGAAAACACAGCGGCGCAGAUGUUAAAGGUCCUGGGUUUUAACAAUCCUGCUCAGCCGGAAUCUGGACAAAAAACUGAGGAGCAAAUUCAUUCCAGCUUCAACGAGCUCAUGAGUGAACUGAACAAACCAGGAGCCCCGUAUGUGUUGAGUCUCGCCAACCGUCUCUACGGUGAGCAAUCCUACCAGUUUGUGGAGAAAUUCCUUAAUGAUGCAAAAAGAUACUAUGAAGCCGGACUGGAGGAGGUGGACUUCAAGAUGAAAUCAGACGCUGCAUGUGUCGACAUCAACAAAUGGGUGGAGAAAAACACUCAAGGAAAGAUCAAGGACUUGCUUCCACAGGGAUCCAUCGAUGAAAUGACGAGACUGGUUUUGGUGAACGCCAUCUACUUCAAGGGGAACUGGGAGGAGAAAUUCCUAAUGGAAGACACCAGAGAUGGACAGUUUGAGCUGAACAAGACUCAAACUAAACCAGUGAAGAUGAUGCAUCAAACAGAAGAGUUUCCUCUGGCCUUAAUCCCAGAGAUGGACAGUCAGGUUCUGGAGCUGCCGUAUGUUGGGAGGAAUCUCAGUAUGUUGAUCAUCCUUCCUAACGAGAUUCAAGAUGAAACCACUGGCCUUCAGAAGCUUGAAAAGGCACUGACCCACGAGAAGCUCAUGGAGUGGACGAGACCCGAAAUCAUGUGUAAAAGAGAAGUUGAAGUAUCUCUGCCCAGAUUUAAGAUGGAGGAAACCUAUGACAUGAAGGAUCUUCUGAUCAGCAUGGGAAUGGAGGAUGUGUUUGAUGGGCAGAAGGUGAAUCUUUCAGGCAUGUCGCCCAACAAUGAUCUGGUGCUGACGAAGGUGAUUCAUAAAGCCUUUGUUGAAGUAAACGAGGAAGGAACCGAAGCGGCUGCAGCCACCUACUUCAGAAUGAGGGUAAUGUGUAGGAGGAUCCUGCCAGUCUUUAACGCAGACCAUCCGUUCCUCUUCUUCAUCCGACACAAUCCAACCAAGAGCAUUCUGUUUUACGGACGCUUCUGUUCUCCGUGAGCGAAUCCUGCGCUUUGAGACCCUUACAGCUAGUUUAGUUGGUGAUCUGGUUAGGUUGGUGUUUGGUAAAGGGUUUUUGGCUCAAGAUCUGCAAAUUUGUCACAUUAGUGCAUGUUGUGAUGUUUCAAAUGUUGUUAUAUAUUAAACUAAAGUUAAUGUUAACUUCUACAUUUACCGUUUCAAGAAUUGUUUGUUUUUCGUAACAUUACUAAAUAAAUGUUGCUGAAAACCCUAAUAGGCAGUUUAAUUUAGGAAUUUUAGGGGGGA